AUGAGUUAAAGGUAAACAGGAGGAGACAUAUGACAAGGGCGACAAGAGCUUUUAUCCCUCUCCAAUUCUGCCAACAUAAUUCCACUUCUGCAAAGUCAGAAGAGGGCAUCAGGAAAGGUGCAACACUAUGGGGAAAGUUGCGAUUGUGGUAGACAAUGGCAGUGCCUUCAGUCGAUCAGGCUUUGCAGGAGAGGAAAAGCCAAGGAUUUCCAUGAAGACAACAUACUUGCCUCCCACCAAUCCAGAGACGAUUCAGGACAAACAUCUAUAUAUUUCCUGUAGUGUCCAUGCCAAGGACAGCUCCAGAAGAUCCCCAGACCAUCCAGUAAGGCAUGGCAUCAUAGUGGACUGGGAGGCUAUGGAGAAUCUGUGGAGCCAUCUCUUCUACUGUGGAUUGAGAGUGCCUGUUGAGGAGCAUCCUUUGCUGAUGAGUGACUCUCCCUCCUGCCCUACUACAAACAGAGAGAAGAUGGCAGAGGUGUUUUUUGAGAGCUUUGGUGUCCCAGCUUUACAUGUGGCCAACACAGCAUUCCUCUCCCUCUGUGCCUGUGGUAGAGUCACUGGGCUGACUGUGGAGGCAGGGGCGGGGGUUUCUCAUGUCACUCCAAUCUACUCUGGGCAAACCUGGAUGGAAGGCACCUACCGACUAGACGUGGCUGGGAGGGCUCUCUGCAAGCACAUGUAUACCCUGCUGCUGGACAGUUCCAAUGAUCCACAGCUUCUUGGGUCUUUGGAUAAAAAGAUGGUGGCCCGGCUUACAAAACAGUACUGCUAUGUGUCCAUGGACUAUGAAAGGGAUCUUCAAGGCAAGGCUUGCCAGGACCCUGUGAGCGUUCAGAUCCCCGAUGGGCACUUGUUAAUGUUAGACAAAGAGCGUAUUUGCUGCCCAGAGCCACUCUUCAGGCCACAUCUGUUGAGCCAGAACUCCCCGGGACUUCAUAUCUUGGCUUUCCAAAGUUUGCAGAAGUUUCCAGCUGAGUUUCAAGGAGAGCUCAUGCAUAAUGUUGUAUUAUCAGGAGGUUCCUCAUUGUUUCCUGGCUUUCCAGAGAGGAUGUGCAAGGAACUGCAUGCCUUGCUUCAUAGCAGGGGGCACCCUAUAAAAAUCCUGGCUUCCCCAGCAAGAGGCAAGGCAGCAUGGUUUGGGGGCUCUUUGGUGGCCUCACUCAGCUCUUUCAAUGGCUUUUGGAUGAACAAAGAAGACUAUCAAGAGCAUGGGGCAGCUUAUGUGCAUCAGAAAUUCAAGUAGGCAAAGAAAAUGCUUUGGCUAAGAUAAGGCAAAAGGAUAAUGGGCAAGAGAGAAAACAGCAAGA